GAGUUCCCAGGACCUUCCCUUCGGAGAGGCUGGGCGGAGUCUAGCUGCUUAAGGCUGCGGGAGGGUCACUGAGUUCGGUGCUUUGGCCGCUCGAGACAGCUGUUCUCUUGGCAUGCGACCUCCGCGGCUCCCCCCAGCCCUGGUUUCCUAGGACAAUGCUUGCCCCAAGCGCUUAGGCGCCUCUGUGCCCUGAGCUUCUUUCUGAGGCAAGGCCACCCUUCGCCGCUGCACCAUGUCGGAGACUCGAAGCGACAAUGGUAAGAAGGAGGCGCAGGUGGAAGACGACGGCUUGUACCUGGAAGAGGGGCAGUGCGAUUCGGGUAUCGGCUGCAGCCGCUCCCUGCACGGCCAACUAGGAGAUAGCGAGCCCCGAUCGCCGUCAGCCCCCGGGGUGGCGGUGGAAAGAGACCCCGAUCCUCCGCGCACAGGCAAGGAGGAAACAGACGACGCCUUGGAGCCGGAGGAGAGGCUCGAUUCCAGCUACGGGUCGUCUUCUCUUGUCGAGUCUUUGCGGGGGCUGGAAAAGACUCCUGAAAAGGAGGAGGAGAAGGAGGAAGAAGAAAGGCUUCGGCGGCAGCUGCUGGAGACUUUCUUUUUCGUCUCUGAAGACGGAGACACGCUUCUGCACCUGGCAAUCAUCCACUGCAUGCCUUCUAUAGCACUCUGCUGCAUUGCUCAGUUGCCCAUGGAAGUCUUGGAGAUCCAGAAUGACUUAUUCCAGACUCCACUACACCUGUCUGUGUACCUGGAGCAGUCUAAUGUGGUGCAAGAAUUAGUUUUGAGAGGGGUGAACACAGCAUUACAAGACCGCAAUGGAAACACCCCACUACAUUUGGCUUGUGAACAGCAGAGUCUGGAGUGUGCCCAGCUGCUGCUGGAGCUAGUCUUUGGCAAGUCCUUGGAGCCCAGGAGAGCCCUACAAAAUCUUCAGCUCCAGAACUGGCAAGGCCUGACUUGCUUGCACAUCAGCACCUUAAAAGGAAAUCUGCAGCUGAUGGCACUGCUGGUGAAGAAUGGAGCUGACAUAAAUGUUCAGGAUGGUACAAGUGGAAAAACGCCGCUUCACUUAGCGGUGGAGAACCAUGACGAAAUGGCUGUGAAACACCUUCUGCAAAUGGGAGCCCGGGUAGAUGCUCUGAUGUACAACGGUUGCACCCCACUUCACCUGGCUGUAGGCAGGAAGGAUGCUACCAUUGCUGCCAUCCUCUGUCACUCAGGGGCAGACACCUUGCUGCGGAACAUGGAGGAUGAGACAGCACAGGACCUGGCUGAUGGCAAUGAUGAUAUACUUACUCUCCUACCUUUUGAUGACCUGAAGAUCUCUGGGAAGCCUGUGGUGUGCUCCAGUUGAGCAUCCUAAGACUUGAAUUAGGUCCUCAGUUUUUUGGGAGAUGGAAGACCAGAACACUGCUGCUACAGGUUGACCAGACCAGAGCUGACUCCCAGAAAAUAAACCCACUCGUAGUAGAGCCUGAGGCUUUGUGCCUCUUUCAGACACUUCUUGCUAGUGCACUGGAUUGUGGGAGCUGCUGCUGGAGGAACACUGCUCCCUGUACAUUGACUUUAUUGCCUGGAAGAUGAAAGGGAAUUGCUUCUUUUUGAAAGACAUGGAUUUAGAAAGACAAGGUUUAUGUUUGCUUCACAUGCUUUGGCCCAAAGGCCAGAGAUUCUGGAGAGAUGUCUUGAUUUUUUCUCUUAGACUGUGCAGUGAAUAGAAAUGGCAAAUUAGCUCUGCUUCCCCCAGAAGCCAACAAUAGGAGGGUUUAUAUCUCAAGUCAAUACAGCUGAUGGUGUUUGUUUUGAAAAUACAAAAAGAGUUCCCUAAUCUAGUUGCUAUCGCUUUGGUCUCAUGCAUUUCCUUCAGGGGCCAUUGUAGCCUGCAUUGUUGUUCUGGCUUGUAUGUCCGGGUGCUGAGAGCUGCACAAUAGCCCUUUCUUUCAUUUUAGCCCACCUGCUGCCUCCCAUGGAGGAUAUCCCAUUGCAAAUAGAUCACCAGGACAGGAGCCUACCUUCAGUUCUGCCCACAACAUACAGAACCUGAGGAGACCUUGAAGGCUGAGCUCAUGGAGAUAGAAAUGUGACAUCCACCACUUCUGCCUGGGAAUAAUUGUUCUUGGGAUUCAGACUCAGGGAGAUGCACUGUUCUGUUUCAGUUCUGUUCAGGUUUGCUGGUUUAUGCUGAUGUGCCAACUUCUUUAUUACAUUGCUGCACUAGAAUACUAUACUUCCCCCAGGCAAAGGAAUGCUGGCAAACUGAAUUCCUGCUUGCAGUUGGAGCUUAGCUCAGGAAAUAAGGAAAUGCUAGGAUCUGUCCCACUGUCAGGGGUUAUUGGCUCCCUUCUUGGAGUACUGCUCUUCUUCAUUUUGAAAAGUAGUUUUUUAAUACUCAUAUCACAAGAAGGCUCUUGCCUCUUUUGCAAUACUAGUGGAAGAAGCUGUGUCACUGGAACAGCUUCCUGCAUCCUCUUAGCAUUUGAACAGAACUUUUUCUGGGAUUUGUCAGCCUCAGCCUAUGAAUAAUCCAUUCCUCUUGCUUGUUUCUGUCUUCUAAACUGUAGGAUGAGUGACCCCAAAGCCACCUGUUCCAAGAAAUUUCAACAGUGGUUUGGAAAUAGGGACCAGCAAAGUGAGGAGAUGAAGGAUCAUUGAGUUCAGUAUCAAUUUCCUAUUGAAGGUUACAGUGCUCUUCCAAGAGACAAUACUGUUCACUCUCUCUCUCCCUACACUUAUUACAGCUGAUGAGUGAAGCAUUUUGGGUCAGCAAACAAAGGAACUGAAGUUGCUUACAUGCAGCCCUUACUUUGCUUGACUGGGGAAAUUCCCAGCUCUCUCCCGCCUACAACUGCUGCCUGGGAGCAGCUGUUUGUAACCUGGCAAAUCCUGGGUGGCGCAAUUAGCUGGGAUAUUUUAGGGAGAGGCUUUCCCUUCUUCCUUCCCUGUUUUGGGUUUAUUUUAUAAAGAAUGGGUUUAGAAGCAGUAGCGCACCACCUUAAUAUGCAUCUUUUUCUUUGAUAUUUUUGGGGUAUGUUUUUUGUUUGACUUAAUUGAGACCUUUGCUUUCUCUUCCUCCCCCCUCCCAUGUUUCAUUUUGUUUCCCAAUAACAAAAUAAAUGUUUUUCAGCUGGA